AUGUGGACUAAGAAGGUGGCGACGUCGGUGGUCCUGGUUAUGCUCCUCGUCCUCAUCGCACAGGAGGCCGUGGUCCCUGGGGCGGAGGCGAGGGUGUGCCGGCGACGGAGCGCGGGGUUCAAGGGCCCGUGCAUGUCCAACCAGAACUGCGCGCAGGUGUGCCAGGGCGAGGGCUGGGGCGGGGGCAACUGCGACGGCCUCCGCCGUCAGUGCAAGUGCAUGAAGAAAUGCUAG